AUGUCUCAGCACAUUUUCGAGCUCCAGAACAAGCGUAACUCGCUGCGAGAGACGGUAGAUGCGCUCUACGACGUGCUCAAGUCGCACAAUGUCAACAUGACCACUCCGCUGACCGUUGAUGGCUUCCCGCGGGCGGAUAUCGACGUUCACCAGAUCAGAAACACUCGCCACCAGAUCAUCCGGCUGGAAAACGACAUUGAGGCCAUUCAGAAGGAGCUGGAGGAAGCUGUUAUGGGCCAUUGGCAGAACCAGAAGGAGCAGACCAAGUCAAACGGUGAUGAUACUGCUGUUACUACUAAUGGCUCCGUUUCUGCACCUACCGCUACACCUACCGCCACGCGCAGCGACCACGUGGUCCCCUUUGCCGUCGUGGGCGUGGUGUCCGAUGGCUCGCCUGCUUCUUCGGUGGGACUCAAAAUCAACGACAAAAUCGUACGACUGGGAAACGUGGAGGCUACUACUCCUCGUAUCCCUCAAGCCUUGCCUCUCGCGGUUGUUGAAGGAAACCCCGUGGAUGUGGUGGUUCUCCGAGAAGAAGAAACUCUCACCCUCACGCUGCUCCCAGCCAAGUGGGAAGGAAAUGGGCUUAUCGGGGCGGCAUUGAGACUGCUGUAA